AUGUCUCCUCCAGCUGCCAUCUACGAACCCACUGUGGCCGCUACCGGCCUCAAGGGUAAGGUCGUGGUUUCUGAGACCGCCCCCGUUGAGGGAGCUUCUCAGACCAAGCUGUUGGACCAUUUCGGUGGCAAGUGGGACGAGUUCAAGUUCGCCCCUAUCCGCGAAAGCCAGGUCUCUCGUGCCAUGACCAGACGUUACUUUGAGGACCUGGACAAGUACGCUGAAAGUGACGUUGUCAUUGUUGGUGCUGGUUCCUGCGGUCUGAGCACUGCGUACGUCUUGGCCAAGGCUCGUCCGGACCUGAAGAUUGCUAUCGUCGAGGCCAGCGUCUCUCCUGGUGGCGGUGCCUGGUUGGGUGGCCAACUCUUUUCUGCUAUGGUCAUGCGCCGUCCCGCGGAAGUCUUCCUGAACGAGCUGGGUGUUCCUUACGAAGAGGACGCAAACCCCAACUACGUUGUCGUCAAGCACGCCUCCCUGUUUACCUCGACACUCAUGUCGAAGGUUCUCUCCUUCCCCAAUGUCAAGCUCUUCAAUGCUACCGCUGUUGAGGACUUGAUCACCCGUCCGACCGAGAACGGCAACCCCCAGAUUGCUGGUGUUGUCGUCAACUGGACGCUGGUCACCCUUCACCACGAUGAUCACUCCUGCAUGGACCCCAACACUAUCAACGCUCCUGUCAUCAUCAGUACCACUGGUCACGAUGGGCCAUUCGGCGCCUUCUGUGCGAAGCGCUUGGUGUCCAUGGGCAGCGUCGACAAGCUAGGUGGCAUGCGUGGUCUCGACAUGAACUCGGCCGAGGAUGCCAUCGUCAAGAACACCCGCGAGGUUACUAAGGGCUUGAUCAUCGGCGGUAUGGAGCUGUCUGAAAUUGAUGGCUUUAACCGCAUGGGCCCUACCUUCGGUGCCAUGGUUCUCAGUGGUGUCAAGGCUGCCGAGGAGGCAUUGAAGGUGUUCGACGAGCGUCAGCGCGAGUGUGCUGAGUAA